AUGGCCAGAAAGUGUCUGCAGUUGGUUUCGUUCUUUCUUCUGUUACGGUAAGUCCGCGCCGUUGUUCUCAUUUCCCUCGAAUCUGCCCAUUUAGAUUAAAUAUCUGUCAAUUUCUGGGAAGUUCUCUUUACGGUGCUCUCGGCGGAUACAACGACAAUGACAUGUGCAGGUGAGCUUGAGAGAUCCGACCGCAUCCGGUUUUCAGUUUUUAAUCAACAGAGCGCACUUCCCUGUUGUCGCUUAUAAGUACUAGAAGAGUAUGUCUUCUACAAAGAACUUCCAUUUUGCAACCAGUUUUUCUCGCAGAUCAGACCAAAGAGUCUUGUCCCCGACCUUUAUCAUUUGAACCCUUUCAGAUACAUUUCGUGUCCGUUCGGCCAGUACUGCUGGAACGGAAACUGUCUCUCGAGUGGAUCCACGUCAAUGUUGGGCUCAAGAGCUCUCGGCUACGGUCCCGGAAUGAUGGGCGGCGGACUCGGAGCCCUCACUUCCGCCGCCGCUCUCUACGGCCCCGCAGCAAGUGCGGCGAGUCGAGGUGAGCAUCCAAAAGGUCCCUUUCCCUUAACCACUGGCACCAGGAAUCGCCGUCGGCGCGAACGUGGCAACUGGAGUGAUCCCUUUCGGAGGGAAUGCUCCGUUCGCCACCGGUCCCAUCCCUUCGACUAUCGGCGGAAUGCAGCCGUGCUCCCUGAUGCAGCAGUGCUUCAACGGACAGAUUUGCGUGAACGGAUACUGUAGCAGAAGCAACGUGGCAUACCAGGGAAGUCAGGUGAUGCCGUCAGAGACCAGUGAGUGCCGAUAAUGAGAGAAAACAGGAGAAAUAAGUUAUUUCAGCGUGCAUGACUGGAGCUACCUGCCCCGUUGGACAGUUCUGCAUCGGGGGCGUUUGUGUUCAAAAUCCAAUGUCCACAACUUUCGGUAAUGAAACUCAUUUACCUCCCCAGAAACGGAUUCUUUGCAGCUUGUCACAAUGGGAUCUCUUGUCCAAUGGGGAUGAUUUGUCAGUUGGGACGUUGCCUCCCGAACGGAAUGCCUCCUAAUAUGAUGAUGGGACAAUUCUAUGGAUAA